AUGCCAGAGCGCUUCUUUGUUACUCCUCUGGAAAAUCAAGAUGCCAAGAAAAUGGUGCCGUCACUCUCUUUCCUGAUCCAGCACUCUAAUCCUUCGUCUCAACGAAUAACCAGAAUUGUCUUUGACCUGGGCAUUCGCCGGCAAAUCGACCAGUAUAAUGAGCACAUUCUGAAUCAUGUUGCUACUCGACGCCCCCUAUUCACCACUCCAGAUGUUAUCGAGUCCCUCGCUCAGGGCGGCUUGUCGACAGAUGAUAUAGACGCUGUGAUACUUAGUCAUCUCCAUUGGGACCACGUUGGCACCCCAAAGGAAUUUCAGACCUCCCAGUUCAUUAUUGGGUCUGGAGGUCAUGCUUUGUCCCAGGGAAAGCCAGGUGGUGGGAGUCACAAUCACUUUGAGCCUGAUCUCUUGCCCCUACAGCGAACAAUCGAGCUGCAUCACCCCCGUGACAGGCAACGGGAUAAAUCCCAUCACCCCACUACUGCUACACCCUGGAUAGACACUCUACGCAGUAUUCCGUGGAAGCCCGUUGGUCCAUUCCCUUUCGCACUGGACAUCUUCGGGGACAGCAGCUUCUUCAUCGUUUGGGCCCCAGGACACCUACCGGGGCACCUCAACGCCUUAUGCCGAAAGAAGGGUGGCGAGUAUGUCUACCUUGGUGGGGAUGCCGCGCACGAUGUAAGGCUUAUCACAGGAGAAAAAGACAUUGCUACAUGGGCAGACAAUGCCGGUCAAGUUUGUUGCAUACACCAAGAUCCAGACGCGGCGCGGGAGACCAUAGACCAUAUCCGAAAAGCCCAGAGUGGAGAGUCGGCUUUGGGACCUGUUCAGGUGAUCUUGGCCCACGACAGUAGGUGGGCUGAUGAAGCGAAAAGGGAGAGAAAGUUCUUUCCAGGUCACAUAUAA